AGUUUGGCAAUUCCACAUUCUAAGUGCGAAUGGUAGUGAGAGGAGGUCUUCUGGUAACAUGUUGAAAACUUAACAGUUGCGUUCGGUGUAAUGAAUAAUGAAGAAUUUGAAGAGCGUGUCGGUGCAAGUAAUUGACAGCGACAUAGCCUUGCUGUUGCCGAAUGGUGUGUAUGAAAUAAAACAAAUGGAGCCAAAAUCUUCCAGAUUGAGACGGAUAGGGAUUUUCUGUGUGGCUCUGGCCCUAUUCGGCAUCGUAGGUUUCGGCUACUUUUGUCCAGACAAAGUAUGUGCCCUUAGUAAUAAAGAAGCAUCCAUAUCACUAGAAGACAAUUUAGGGAAAUCGCUCUCUCAAGCUAGCAGUAAAGUAGGUUUAAGUUAUGAGGAUAUGUUGAACGAUGAUUUUUUCGAUAUGGAUUCACAUGAUGUAAUGGUGUUUCUCCACAUGCAGAAGACUGGUGGCACCUCCUUUGGCAAACACCUCGUCCACGACCUGGACUUGAAACGUCCAUGCACUUGUCCACUAACCCGGAAGCGUUGCUAUUGUUUCCGUCCGCAUUCCAACCAAUCGUGGCUCUUCAGCCGCUACACCACCGGCUGGAAAUGCGGCCUCCAUGCCGACUGGACCGAACUAACCAGUUGUGUAGACGAAAAACUCGACGAACUUGAAGGUAACGUCGUCAAAAGACGCUACUUCUACAUCACCCUUCUUCGAGAGCCCGUUGCUCGAUAUCUGAGCGAAUUCAGACAUGUCCAACGUGGGGCCACCUGGAAGGGCUCCCGACACUUCUGCAGAGGGCGUCCAGCCACCGACGACGAAAUACCCCCAUGUUACGAGGGCCCCGAUUGGGGCGGAGUCGCCCUUGAUGAGUUCAUCGAAUGCGAGAGUAAUUUGGCAGUGAAUCGCCAAACGCGAAUGUUGGCAGAUCUCGAAUUGGUGGGUUGUUAUGAUAAGAGUUACAUGUCGAAGGCGGAUAGAGACAGGACGAUGUUGAUAAGCGCGAAAAAAAAUCUCGAAUCGAUGGCGUUUUUUGGUUUAACAGAAUACCAAAAAAUGUCGCAGUAUAUUUUCGAGGAGACUUUUAAUUUGAGGUUUGCGGUGCCGUUUGAGCAAAAUAAUGCGACGGUUUCGAGUUCAACAAUGCCGACUUUGACCGACGAACAAGCGGCAAAAAUUGUCGCAUUGAAUAGUCUUGAUAUCGAGUUGUAUAAAUACGCCAAAGAAUUGUUGUUUAAACGAUUCGAACGGUUAAGGGCGAGAGAUAGCGAUUUUAAUAAGAGGUAUAGUCAUUUGGGUGAGUUGACUGCAAGGAGUGGUGUCACGGAGUUCGAUUGGGAUAGGUUGGUUGAAGAUGCGACCGUUUCGAAUUAGAGUGCCAUAUUAUUUGUGUAUCACGCACGUGUUUGGAUUUAAAAUGGUUUGUUUGAGGAAAUGCGGUCAUCAGUGACGAUAAAAUAUGACCCUGUGCUGAUUCAACUAUAAUUGGAGAGUUUUUAUGUUUCGACUGUCGGUUUAGAGAUAAGAUUAAAAAAUUAAAUAAUUACAAGAAAAAGUACAAAUUAACCACUCGUCUUCGGCUCGUGUCGCAAAUUGUGGUGUUUUUUAUUGUCACUGAAUGACCGCUCCAUCGACAAUAAGGUAAACGGGAGUAGCAAGAACAAAGGACCGUUUUCUAUUCUAAAAUUAGCGUUCAAAGCCGUCUCCAAAACAUCACACUUCAUCAAAUUUGAAAAAUGCGAGCCACACAUGCAACACCACAUUUUCUAUUUAUCACUAGCGUUUUUUAGUUUUGUUCAUUUUCCAUUUGUAAUAACACUGCCUUGAGUUAAGCGUAGAUCUUAUUAAUAUUAAUAUGCGUAUACCAAAGACGAAAAUAAUAUUCUUAGAUGCAGCUAACUUAUUUUUAGGAUUAUUUUAGUGCAAUUUCAACCAUUAGUUUUUAUUUAAUUAAAUUAAUGACAGGGUUAAGUAAGUAAUCGAACUGAUGCCGUAAUUUUUUAAGGAAGAUUAUUGUUGUUAAGACAAUCUGGUGCCCUAUUAUAGUGAUUGUUAUAUUUUACAAGUCUCUUGUGUCGUGCAGUUGUCAAUACUGUGUAUUGCAUUUAUUUUAAUGAUAUAUAACGAACAUAUCGUCUCCUAAUUAUGUUAUUGACUGAUUUAAUUUGUAAUACUUGUAGGUACAUUUGUAGUACUUAGUUGUUUUUACCACAAAUUUAAACAGACCUUUAGUUUAAUAAUACAACUCUUGUAACAUAUAUUUAGGUGCAUAUAUCAUACGAGUACGUACAAAAAAAUAUAUACUUUUUACAAGAAUUACAAA